CUUCUGCACCUCCAGCCCACCUGCCCUUCCUGGGAGCGAAGGGAGCUCAGCACUUGCAGAUCAGGGCCUGUAAUCAGCUCCUGGACUUUGGACAGUCUGCAUAGCCCUCAGCGCCGUAAAAGGCAGGAAGCAGCAAGUGGCCGCUGCACAUCCGACCCAGCCACCGGAGUUCUCUCUCUUUGCUGCUGCAGGGAAAACAGACAUGGCCUGGCUCCUCAUUGGCAUCGGCUUGGCUGUUCUUCUGCGAGUCGACAGCACAUCCCAGGUUCUGAAAGAAGGCAAAGAAAUGGAGGGUUCCUUGGAACAGGACAUUAAGAAGCAAAUUAUUCUGGGCAUAAGAGCUAUUGAGCCACCUGAGAAUGAAGAACAAACGGCGGAUAUUGAUCCUGGAAUGAGGCUGUUGUCUAGUGACGCACAAGGCAGAAGAGCACCCAGGAGCGCUGGAGACCUGCCAGCCCCGCUGGGUGCCAAGUCUGCAGCGGUACCAGAGGAAGACCAAGACCAGAUCUACCACCCCCCGGACGCUGCUCUGGAAGAGGAAGGCCCCAUGCAGACAGUGGCACCGUAUGCUGAAGCCAUCAGUGGCCCAGAAGAAGACAGAGACCAUCUCUACCAUGGCUAGGGGAGAAGAUUUGAUCCCAUCUACCAACCAGUAAUAAAGGAAGAGGGGAUUGUGCUGAGCGUCCCCUCUACCCAGUCUCCUUGGC